AUGGCUUCUACAACCUCCAUGAACAAUUGGAUUGAGCAGCUCGCUGCCUCCCUUGUUCCAUUGUCAGCAAGUCCCGCCGCUCACCGUAAAUACAAAGAGAGUUUUGCCAGGAAGAUUAAGUAUCAUGUUCAUGCCCGAACAAAUCAAUUUGCUGUCGCGGAGAAGCUCACCGGACUUGAAGAGAAAUUUCAAGUCCUCAAUCUGGAUGAUCUGGCCCAAGCACUGUACACGCGACGUCGGAAACUGGAACAGUACGAAUAUCGCUGGAUACCCGAUGCCUUGGAUCUUUUGCUGCAUUUAUCCGAUAAUCCAGCGAGAUACAACCGGGUAGAGGAUCUUGCUGGGUUUCGAUCGCAGCCGGACAGCCCAGGCCCAUUGAGAUGGGCUGAUGUUGAAGCUGAUGAUCCAAUUGAUCGGCAGGACGAUAUAUGGAUGGUCCCCGAGUACAGCGAUUUCAGCUCUGAUGAUGAUGAAAUUGCGAUAUCGAGCAAUUCGACAUCUCCAGCAACUGUAAGGGAAAGACACAAAGGGAAAUAUGAUCUCGGGAAUAUCUUCGACCAGAGCGAUAUCGCAGACGAUGAUUUCGUGCGUUCUGAACUCGAAACUGCACAGUUCUGGCGCCAUGGGACUCAAGUUGUUGCUAUCACCGAGAAACAAGUCAUACGGGAGGUCCUCUUCAUGAUGAACGGUCUUCAAACGUCUAUCUUCAGACUGUCUGACCGUGGCAUCCGCUUGGACCAGAACUAUCAGAUUGCCCAUCUGAGAGCCCAGACAUCAAGGACAAUCUUGAGCAAUGCCGCGCUGCUUGGCUCCGAAGUUGCGUGGAUACGCCGCUGGCUUUCACUCAGGCAAGAUUCAAGUGUCAUGCAGCUUUUGCAAAGCCGCAUUCGAGGCAUCCUGGAAUUGUUCGACCGCUCGAUAUGCCAGAUGCAAAAUGACAUCCUGCAUGAACGCUCUUCCAAUGGUGUUAUUAGCCUCCUCCAGACUCUUGAAGCCCUCAAGAAGAAAAUCGCGCCCUUACAAGCUGUCCUCGAGGUUCUGCCGCGAAUCGCGCCCGAUGAUCCCGUCUCUGCGUUGAAUGCUUUACAUAGGCAAAUCGAGCUUGCCGGUGCUUGUGGCGCAGCCCUGGCUCUAAAGACACUGACGCCUAUAUUUCUCUCAGCACUAAAGCUCUACUCCGCCCCAAUAGAUACCUGGCUACUCACCGGGGCGGUUGAGAAUACACGCCCCUUCUUCAUCAAGAGGACCAACAAGCCACGCAAUGCAACCACUUUGUGGCAUGACUGGUUUGCAAUAUCAGAUGACGACAAGCACGUACCAGUUUUUCUCAGGGCCUUCGUCCCGCAUGUCUUCGCCACCGGUAAGACUGCCGCUUUCCUCCAGCAUCUCCAGCAAAAACCGCUGGACAGUGGUAGCGACUGCCUCGGCCUCUGUGGCGCAGUAACAGAAACAGCACACCUUCUCGAGCACUCAGCAGUACCACUAUCCGCUACUCUAGAGGCCGUCUUCAAUAAACACCUCACCGGCCUGCUCACCACGUCCACUGCUGCGCUGAAGGACGUUCUCGAGUCGGCCUGCGGCUUGAACAAGCUCCUCGACGCCUUCGACUACCUAUAUCUCGGCAAGGAUGGGGUGAUUUUGGACAAGAUUGACUUCCGGCUGUUUGACCAGAUCGAUCGGUGCGUGGAGAUGUGGAACGAUCGCUUCCUCGUGGCCGACCUCGUGGCCGAAGCUUACCACGCGACGCCGUGCGUCGACGCCGACAACAUCUCCGUCACCUCAUCAUACACCUCAUCCCGGAGCAUGGAAAGCCGCCGUCGUUCAGUGAAGAUCCUCACGUCGCUUACACUGUCGUAUCACCUCCCCUGGCCGGUUGCUAACGUCAUCUCACCCGCGUCAAUCACUGUGUAUCAGCGCAUCGCCUUGACACUCUGCCAGAUCCGCAGGGCAAGAUGCAUUCUCGAGCGCCGCGCGUUCUUCCACGUUCAGAAUGCCCCGCUGGGUACAGAUCCGGGGGACCAACCGUUCGCGCGCGCAGUGUACAUGGGCCUCGCGCACUUUGUCAAUGUCCUCUACGCUCAUCUGACGACGUGUGCCAUUGGGCCGAUGACACGGGACAUGCGCGGUCGUCUCACGGCGCCUUCGACGGGGAGUGUCGACGACAUGAUCGCCAUCCACGCCGUGUACGUGCGCGAUCUGGAACUUGCGUGUCUGAGCAGCGCGCGCGUCAAGCCCUUGCGCGAUGCCGUGGUUGCGGUUCUCGAUUUGUGUAUCCGGUUCGCUGAUGUCGUAAGUGCGCCGACGUCUGCUUCCACGUCUGGGCGAAGAGGGUCCGUCGACUUUGAAGCUAGCUCCUUCAUUUCUGCGAGGAGCCAGCGUCGGAGGCGUCGCACGCGUCAAGAAGGCGAGUCCGACGACGACGACGACGACGACGAGGAGGAAGAUGACGGAGGCAUGGGCGAGGGUUACUCGACCUUCAUUCUGGACGAGGACAGUUCGGUGCGAAAGGAGAUCCAAAGAGUCAAAGACGUCUUCCAGAGGCAUGUCACGUUCCUCCUUGCUGGGUUGAGAGGUGUCUCGAGGACUGCUGGCGGCGUUGGCGACGGGUUGGAAUUGCUCGCGGAUAGUCUGGAGAGCGUUUUUCCGACAAAACGGACUUUGUAUUCUUGA